AUGAUGUUCGGCUGCCACUCCUACCGCGGACCAGUGCAGUGUGUGAGUGGUAAAUGCGUCUGCCAAGCUGGUUACUGCAGCGCCAACGAUGGCAGCUGCCACAGGCCUAAGCCACCCAUCAAAGCUCACGUGGCCUUGGUGAACUCGGAGCAUCCAACCUUCCCAGGCUCUCAGGCCGCUAUCCGCACUGGGGUUUGCUUCAGUGGCGGGGGCUCACGUGCCCUCUCUUUUGCCCUGGGAAUCCUGCGUGCCCUGGAGAGUCUUCAGCUGAUUCCUCACGUCGAUGCCAUCUCGAGCGUUUCUGGUGGAACCUGGGCCUCAUCUAUUUACAUGUUCGCGCAGAACGUCUCGGUGAAGGAGUUGCUGGGGGAGGACACAACUCCAAACGACCUGACAAUGCAGCGGCUACAGAGUCAGCCUCCGCGACUGGGUGAUGUGGCCACUACCAACAUCCUCUCCUUGCUGUGGAGAAAAUAUGUCAAGUCUGUGUCCAAUCCCCACGACCUGUGGAUUGAUGUCUACGCGGAGGCAGUUCUCAAGCCAUUCGGGCUUGCAAACAGGAGCCAGUUCAUGGCAGCUGAUGAGGCGAGCCUCCAACGAAUCCUAGAACGAAACCCUGAGCUUCAGCGGGAGCAAUUCUUGGUCCCAAAUCCAUUGCGCCCCAAGACGUAUAUCAUGGGCGGAACCAUUCUUGCUCCGGUCGGCCUUGAAGCCACUGAGAGAAGUGCAGUGUCGCUCCAAAUGAGUCCAGAUUACACUGGCUCUCCAUUCUACCCCCAGGAGGAUGUUGUUCAGUACGAGGGUGCAGGCGACCGCGAUUUCCUGGUGGGGGGUGGCAUGGUGGAGAGCUUCGCCUUCGGCGGCUCCACGCCACUUACUGAAGCAGGGCAGAUGGGAGAGCACUUGGCGCAGAUGGAGGCGCCUCCAUCUCCAUUUAGCCUUGCUGAUGCCAUUGGAAUCAGCAGCGCCGCUUUUGCAUCCGUGCUUGUGAGUGCUUCUGGCUGGCUGUCAGCUGUUCAAUGGAUUGCGGGCCAGGCACGUGAGUAUCUGCCGGUCAAAGACUACUGGCCUGUCCUAUCCCAUCGCUUCAGGAAGUGGAGGUCUGCCAUGAAGUAUGAGUUGGGGGAUGGCGCUGAGACGGACAACACCGGCAUGAUGGCGCUGCUGCAGCGGCGGGUCCAGAAGAUCGUGGUUGUCCACAGCACCAAUGUGGAGCUCUCAAAGGAGCUUGAUUUCUGCAUUUUUGACCUGUCGGACCUCGAUCUCCACAAAAAAGUCUCCAACGACCUGCUGGACAAGUUUGGUCAUGUUGCCGAGAAUGCAGGUGAGUACUUGGUUCACAACCAGGUUUUUCCUCGCAAAGAUCUACAGCCACUACUGUGUGAGUUUCAGAAGAAACGCAAAGCCGGGGAUCCACUGGUGGUGGAGAGGCAGCUGGAGGUUUUGGAGAACAAGAAGUGGGGUAUUCGUGGCAACUUCCAAGCGUCGGUGAUCUUCGUGUAUCUGAGCGGGUGCGACAGGUUUGAUAUGAACUUGCCACCCGAGACGCUGGAGGAGGUGCAGAAGGGUCGUUGGGGCAAGUUUAACAACUGGCCACAUUUCAAAACGUCAUCCCAAAACUCUGGGAAGUUCACAUCCUACACCCCGGAGCAGGUAAAUCUCUUGUCCGCACUGGGAGAGUACAUGAUGCUCUGGAUCACGAUGAUGCUUGCCACAAAAGCAAUCCUGGUGAAUGCGCCGCAUCGUGGUUACAGCGACGCGCACAUCGCGUUCAAGUUGAAGGGCACUGCCGCUGCCAGCCUGGCCACUGUGCGGCAAUGCCCUCAGCGCACUGGUGGCACAUGCAGCUGGUUCGGAUACUGCUGGCAGCGCCGUGGCCCGACACGCUGUGUGAAUGGCGAGUGCAUGUGCAAACCAGGCUACUGCUCAGAUGAUGAUGGCCGAUGCCAUAAGAAGAUGCCAGAUGUGUAUGCGGACAUCGUCCCAGUUAACGACGAGAGGACAGAGUUUCCACCCAGACAGGCAAACCUGCAGACAGCGAUUUGCCUGAGUGGAGGUGGUACCAGGGCCAUGGUUGCAGCGAUCGGCGCGCUGAGGGGCCUGGAAUACCUGAACUUGCUUGUCCGCACCGAUCUCCUGGUUUCGGUGUCUGGUGGUACGUGGACAGCUGGACCCUUCAUGUUCUCACACGACCUGAGCAAGGGGCGGCUGCUGGGGAACCCCACGCGCCCCUCAGAGCUUUCAUUGGAGGAGCUGACUAAGCGGCCAUCCUUAAUAGGCGAUUCGGCUACGCAUGACAUCUAUGAUCUACUGAAGUCAUCGUUUCUCAACAACGAUGACCCUCACGGGAUUUGGGUGAACGCGUUCAACGAGGUCCUUUUGAAGCCCAUUGGCUUGGGCAACAUGAGCAAGUAUAUGGCUCCGGAUGAGAACACAGUGCAGCGGAUUGUCCGUGAUAAUCCCCAUCUGCAACGCGAGGACUUCAUCAUCCCGGCCCCAGAAAGACCGCGGGCCUUCGUCAUGUUGGGAGUUCUCCUGGCUCCUCUCGGUCAUGAGUCGGCCGAUGACACGGUCGUGUCUUUGCAGAUGUCUCCGGACUUCUCUGGCAGCCCUUUCUAUCCUGGACGCGAAGGUCAGCUGAAGUACGAUGAAGAGGGUGAGCGUUGGUUGCACCGGUCCGACAUUCCAGCCCUGAAAAUGGUUAUAGGAGGCGGCAUGGUUGAGACCUUUGCCUUUGGCAGCGACACGCCCUUCUCUAGCCAGUCUGGAGGGCAUCAUGUCAAAAUGCCCUCGCCCUCCGAGCCCUUCAGCCUGGCGAAGGCAGUGGGUGUCAGCAGUGCUGCUUUUUCGGCGCUGACCUCGCAAGCCAUGGAUGUGCUCGGCGGGCAGACGGCACAGGCUUUGAUCCCAGUGUCGACAUUGUGGCCGGUGACGUCCAAGAGAUUUCCUGGUCCGAAGGCAGCUGCCAAAUUCAAGAUUGGCGAUGGUGGCCAUAUGGACAACUCCGGCUUGAUGCCAGCUUUGCAGCGGAAGGUGCCAAGGAUUGCUAUGUUCCUUGACACGGACGUCAAGAUCGGCAUGAAGUCGGACUUCUGCGCCUUCGUCCCAGUGGACCCGGGAGAGCUAAGCGGAGCAGCCGCAUGGUACUUUGUGGACAAGUUCGGACUGGGAGCCCACGUGGACGGAUCAUUUCUGAUGCACAACCAGGUCUUUCGCUUCAAAGACCUCCAGCCAAUCCUGUGCGAUCUGCAGACACAUAGGCGGGCUGGCAGGCCAGCCGUGAGUCUGAGGGAUCUGGAGGUGAUCAAGAACAGCUGGUGGGGCAUCGAAGGAGGAUGGACCGUUAAGCUCCUCGUGUAUCACCUGGAUAACAGCAAAGUCUUUGAGAACCAGCUGCCUGCAGACACACAGAAGGAGCUUGCGAAGGGAAAGAAGGGCAUGUUUGCCAACUUCCCCCAGUUCUCCAUGGUGAAGCAGAACCCGCGGUCCUUGAUCUCUUACACAAGCGCUCAGGUCAACCUUUUGUCCGCUCUGGUGGAGUUCGGCGUGCGUGAGCACGCCGGCUACUUCCGGGAAGUGCUUGCUGGAAUCCCACGCAACCUUGCAGAGUGGCAGCCAAGUGCUGGGUUCGAGGACCUGCACCCUCGUGAGGCUGAAGGAGGAUCCGAAGAGCUGUCGGACAUCUUCUCUUCAGACUCUUAG